GAUCAUCAACAUGGCUUCUCAAUUAUCUUCUUCCCCAUUCUUCACAACUCUCUUCUCUCAAAAACCAUCCCAACCUUGCAUGCCAAUUAGAAAGGGAACAAACCCUAAAUUCUUUCCUAAAUUAGGCGCUUAUAUUUCAUGUAAAGCUACACAUAGUCAAGAAGAUGAUGAAAUCAAAAACCUUAGAACCAAAAAGGGAGAAUUACAAAGUUCUACAAACAGAUUAAUGUUUGAUAGAAGAGAUGUUAUCAUUAUCUUAAGAGGCCUCUAUGGAGCAACUACUCUCAAUAGUAAAGACCCUUUUGCACUUGCAGCUCCAAUUCAGCCGCCUGAUCUUUCAAAGCCACUCCCAAAUCCAUCGAAAAAUUGUCGCCAACCACCCUCUACAAAGAUCAUAGAUUUCAAGCUACCAUCCUCAAAGGCACCGCUCCGAGUUAGAUCCGCAGCGCAUUUGGUUGACAAGGCAUAUAUCGCCAAGUAUGAAAAAGCCAUUGAGCUAAUGAAAGCACUUCCUCCAGAUGAUCCUCGAAGCUUCAUGCAACAAGCCAAUGUUCAUUGUGCUUAUUGUGCUGGAGCUUACGAACAAGUAGGGUUUCCUGGGGUAGAACUUCAAGUUCACUUUUCAUGGCUUUUCUUUCCAUUCCACAGAUAUUAUCUUUACUUCUAUGAGAAAAUUUUGGGAAAGUUGAUUGGUGAUCCAAUUUUUGCUUUACCAUUCUGGAAUUGGGACACACCUCUUGGAAUGACAAUGCCUGCUAUUUUUACAAAUCCGAAGUCUCCACUCUAUGACCCGUUAAGAGAUGCUAAGCACCAGCCACCAACACUGGCUGAUCUUGAUUACGGCGGGGUCGACCCGACGAUGCCAGGAGAUGAGCUGAUUAAAGACAAUCUAGUGAUCAUGUAUAGGCAAAUGGUAUCUGGUGCAAAACUUCCUAGGCUUUUCUUUGGGAAGCCAAUUAGAGCUGGUGAUGAACCGAAUGAAGGAAAAGAAGGGGGUACAAUUGAGAGAUCUCCUCAUAAUAAUUUACAUAAUUUGGAUAGGAAAUAAAAAUCAGCCAAACGGGGAGGACAUGGGAGCCUUUUACUCUGCCGGGAGGGACCCAAUUUUCUUUGCUCAUCACUCAAUGUUGAUCGAAUGUGGACAAUAUGGAAGAACCUCGGAGCAAACACAAGGAUCUCA